AUGUCUUCAUUCGCGUUCCAGAUUCCUUCGCAACCGUCAUUCUCCCAUAUCGUCGUGUUCCUGCUCCCGGGCGUCACACUGCCAGAUGGCACCGCCGCCGCCGUAUACGCGCAAUUACCUGGCACGACCGACUUCAAGCUUCUCGGCGCGAUCGCAAACGAGAAGCCCAGCGCGAUAUUCAAAGUAAACGCGAAAGCUGGUGGGCCCGCGGGUGGUGGUCUAGGCGACAGCGACGAUGCCAUGGUGGACGAGGGUGUGUCAAUGGACGCGUCAAACGGCAGCACCGCACCGCUAGCUCUUGGAAUCGCCGUCGAGCCUGCGCAACAGGUCGCCGCAGCUUUGGCGGAGAAGAAGGCACAGGAUGCCGCGGCGUCAGCAAUACCGAACAUGGGCCAGGGUAACGAGCUGGUGCUUAGAGGGCAGAGGAGCGUAGAGACAAAGGUGCUGGCGCAGAGGAUUAUCAAGAACUGCUACGACUUCUUGACGAGCUGGGGUACAGGAGAUACCGUGCCGCUGAAGGCAUUCCAGGCGUGGUGGACCAAGUUUGAGGGCAAGAUUGAGAGGGAUCCAGGGUUCCUGGAGAGGAGCGAUGGAGGUUGA